CCUAGCUUUGCCUCUACACCUCUGGGGCUCUCCCUCUAGCUCGCCGGGCGUGCGGGUUCCUGCUGCGCAAGGAAAAGCUAGCCAGCAGUGCCAUCCUCAUCUCCUGCUCACACGCUCGCUACCUGCCCCUGGCCAGCAGGACGACGAUGCCGUGCUCGUCGCCGGCUGCGCCGGCGUGGCUGCUGCGGGUGGCGACCGCGGCCGCCGCGGCGGACCAGGCCUCGUCCUCCACCUCGUCCAAGGGCGGCGGCCGCGUGCUCACGGCCGGCACCACCACCAUGGACACGGGCGCCACCGCGGCGGGCGGGUGCGGCGGCGGCAAUGCCAGCGCCAUCGACCACCAGGAGAGCAGCAGCAGCGGGCAGUCCCGGCUCGCGGCGCGCGGCCACUGGCGCCCCGCCGAGGACGCCAAGCUCCGCGAGCUCGUCGCGCUCUACGGGCCCCAGAACUGGAACCUCAUCGCCGAGAAGCUCGACGGCAGAUCAGGGAAGAGCUGCCGGCUCCGGUGGUUCAACCAGCUGGACCCGCGGAUCAGCAAGCGCCCCUUCAGCGACGAGGAGGAGGAGCGCCUCAUGGCGGCGCACCGCUUCUACGGCAACAAGUGGGCCAUGAUCGCGCGCCUCUUCCCGGGCCGCACCGACAACGCCGUCAAGAACCACUGGCACGUCAUCAUGGCGCGCAAGUACCGCGAGCAGUCCACCGCCUACCGCCGCCGCAAGCUCAACCAGGCCGUCCAGCGCAAGCUCGAGGCCGUCGCCGUCGCAAUGCCGCCGACCGCCGGUCCCGGGAACGCCGCCGGCGGCGGCGGCCACCACCACAACAUCCUGGCCGCCGCCGCCGCCGCGGCGGCGGCGCACGACGCCGCCUACGGCUUCGGCGCCGACCCGUACGGCUUCAGCUUCCGCCACUACUGCAGCUUCCCGUUCCCGCCAGGCGCCGCGUCGCCCGAGGACCACCCGCCGCCGCCGCCGCCGCCUCCCUUCUGCCUGUUCCCCGGGCCCGGCGGCGCGGCGGCGGCGCACGCCGACAGGCGCCUCCCCUGGCUGUCGUCGGACGGCGGCAGCGGCGGGGGCCGGUACGGCGAGCCGCCGCUCCUGCUGCCCGUUCCAGGCGUCGGCUGGAUCGAUGGCAUCAGCAUGGGCGGCGGCGGCGGCGGCCACCACGAGCCGCACCAGUUCGUCCUGGGCCACGAUGCGGGCGCGGCGGCGUUCGAAGGGACGGCGACAAGACAGGGCGCCGGCGCGCACUUCGACGCCGCGGCGGCGGCGGCGCCGUCACCGGCGUUCAUAGACUUCCUCGGGGUCGGAGCCACAUGAAUGGGUAUGCAUGCUCCGUCGACCUCAGCAUGCGGCUUGCAUGCAGUUGCAGUUGCAGGUGGAUCAAGGACGCAGGUAGCUCGAGCUCUAGCCUCUAGCUAGCUAGCUUUGCCAUAUGAGUAGGAGUACAUCCAUGGCGUAAUUUAUGUCGUAGCACUAUGUAAAUCUAGCUAGGACCUUGGGGAGGGAGAUGUCUUGAGAGUUCAUUUGCAUUGGGGGCUCUGUAGAGGAGGGAUGCUUGGACUUUGAUCAUUUGGGAUUUAGUUACUUGAUUAGCCCCCGGCCAUGUAUAUCUAUGUAACGAAGGCAAGGAAAGAUCCGUCAUGGUGAAUCGGAGAGCUUACUUUGCAGUGAGUCUUUGAUUUGCCAAGUGUAGAUGAGGGAGGGAGCGAGGGACUGAAAGCCUAGCUAGAUGGUCUAGCGAAGUAAGGUAUAGUUUUUUUUUUUGGUUUCGUUGUCCUUGUACCGCGACAAUUUCCUGCUUACAUGUUGACAUUGUUUCGUCU